AUGUCCUCCUCCCCUACGCGACGAGAUUCAAGAGAUCGUUCACCUCCACGUUCCUUUCGUGAUCGUGAUCGCCCGCGUCGACGACAUGCUUCUCCAUCUGGAAGCUCAGGUUUGGGAGACGGUAGUAUUUAUGGUAGUCCUUCUGUCCGUAUGGACUCACAUAAUUCUAGUGAGCGUAGACGAACGUCUGCAUGUGGUUGGGAGCCUGAUUCUGCUGAAGAUGAAGCAGGCUAUUCAACUCACGCUGACGAUAUGGAAGAGGGAGAAGCCAGUGAAGAUGAUGAUGGAACAGCUUUCAAUUCAAGCCAAUCUCAUGGGAUUACACCAUCAAAAAGAAAGCACACUGCACAUAAGUCGAAUCGUAAACGUCACCGUUCACGGAGUCCAGAUGUGACAGCCAUUCAUAGUCGUCACUCUCAUCGUUCCCGUACGCCAUCGCCAUCUAGGAAAAAAAUGCAUUCAUCAGAUUCAGUCUCAAGGAGUUCAAAACGGAAAUGA